CACAAAGCGGCGCCAUCUUGGUAAGGUCACCAACAGUUAGCACUGUGUCUCGAAGAAUGAUACGAACCUGCUAUGCGAGUUCUUUUAUAUGAACAAGAUAAUGUGUAUACUUUUUGAAACAGAAUGGUAUGCAUUUUAAAUGAUAUUAGAAUGCAACCCUUUAAUGCAAGCCAUGACCGGCUAGCUAAGUCUACCUAACUCGAUAGGGUUAGCUAGGUAACUUGGCUAGCAGUAGUGUUUGUUUGCAAGUUAUGCAGCUUUAGUCAGCGAAAUUAGAUGUCAGCUAAAGUGUCAGGCCUGUUUAAACGAAGAAGAAGAACAAAUCGUCAACAUGUCGCUCAGAAAAGAAGUAUUUCAGGCGAAAGUCCUGCAGAGACUCUACCCCACUACCCUAAAGGUAGAAAAAGUGCUCGAGACUCCUGUCCAUGAUCCCAAAGCCGCUAAUUCUUUUAAAGGUUUUCAACUGAAGCCAAGCAAAGCGACUGGUUAUGCAGGAGCGCCUGCUGUAUCAGGCAGGAAGGUGUACACAGUCCUCCCUCCUCCUAAAGACUACGUUCCUGCCAGUGAAGAUGGAUCGGGGUCUCCCACUGAUGCACAACCUGUCAAUAAUGCAGAUGAGAUGCCUGCUGAUCUUUCAGGAUCAGAAGACCGCAACGCUGCUGAAGAUGACGACCAUGCAAGCAAGAAGAGGAAGCGAGGGAGGAAGAGAAAGGCUGCUACACUCUCUGAAGGGAAUCCGCCUACCACCACUGCUGCUGAUAAUGACAAAACCGAAGAUGCUGAGGAGAGAACUAAAGGGAAUGCAGAGGGCUCAGAAUGCAUCAGCAAAAACAAGAGGAGGAAGAUGAAGAAGAAGAGGCACAGAGAGAAGCUGCUCGCACUUGGCCUCGUGCCCCGAUCCAUGGCCCUCGAGUUCACUUACAAACAGAGUGAAGAAAAAGAAAAAGAAGAUGAGGAGGAUGAAGAAAAGAAGGUGGAAGAGGUUCUGGACUUCCUUCAAUCUACACAAGAUCUCUACCUAUCAGAUCGCUCCCGCAGUACAGAUGAUCCCUCUGUCUUUCUCUCUGCGACAGAGUCGCUCUUCACUCGUCUGUCAGAUGGUACCUCGCCCCCUGCUGUUCUGUCCAUCCUGUGUCGGCUCAGAGCGCUGCUGCGUCAGAGGGAGGUGGAGAAGUUACACACCGUGCUGCAGGAGUUCACACACACUUCCACACUGCCUAAAGAUGAGACUAAAGUGAUCUGCACUCUCUUCCACUACUGGAUAACUGAAGUUCUUCCCAUGCAAACGGAAAAGAAGGCGUGACCAUGACAUGCACACAUACGCGCUGCAGUUCAGUUCCAACUCCUGAUCCAGCUCUCUUGUUUAAAAUUAAGAAGAGUUGGAGGAGGAAGCCAUUUUCUGUAAGGGUAUGAAUGAGUGUGAUGCUGCAUUUACUGCCAUCACAAUUUAGGCAUUUGGUGGUUUCAAGGCUAAAAAGGUCUAGUUUAGAUCACUCUCCAAAACAGUGGCCUAUUCCCUACAUCCCCGAAACCAUCAAAAUGCAUUAUGGGUAUUUUGUACAUGCUGGGGCAGUGGUUCCAAAAGUGGGGCUGGUGAAGCCUUUACAUUUUGGGUUGAAGCAUUACAUUUACUUCAUGUGGCUGAUGCUUUUAUUCAAAGCAAUUUACAUUUGAGACAGGAUACAACUGAGGGUUAAGGGUCUUGCUCAAGGGCCCAAGAGUGGCAGCUUGGUGGUGCUGGGAUUUGAACUUGUGACCUUCCAAGCAGUAGCCCAAUGCCUUCACCACUAAACCACCACUUCCUGAAGCAUAGCCAGAGGGUCUGUGGUGUUUUUAUAAUAUCAUUACAUCCAAAACCUCAAUAACUCAAAAGCAACCAGGCCUAGAUAUAAUUUCAAACAGGACCUAAUGUGUUCUGUUUGCUGGAAUUUCAGGAAAAGUGCUGUGGCUGCUAUAAAUAACCAAAAUAUUACUGUACACAUUUAAAUAAAGCCCAGGCUAGGGUACUAGGUUAUACUGUUUGGACACUGUCCUAUAACGAUUUCAUGAGCACACCAGAUAUUGUGCAUUUUGCUCUUGGGCCUGCCUAAAAAGUGGUAAAAUUAGUGCAGAAUAUAUGAUUUUUAGGCAUAAUUCUGUUUACUGGACCAAAUUCCCAUGAAAAUUUUGACAGAUUAUGUGGUUAGCUUAUACAGCUAGCUUGUACUAAUACUGAACUACUGCUGCUCAAUUAGAUGAGUAUGUUUGGAGGAUGUAAGUGCCAAGACAGCUGCCUCUUGGAUGGAAUAAAUUAUGCAUCUGUGUGGAAAUCCAGCUCUAUGAGGUUCAUCUUGACUGUGAAGAAGUCCCUUGAUGAGCAAAAGCAAGUGAUUGCAUAUGUAAUGUCUGUCUUACAAACAGAAAUGCAGUAAAAGUCUCGAUUUUAAAUUGUGUUAAUUAUGGACCGAGUUAAACUUAAUAAAACUUUCACAAUAACAAGAGUGUCAUUUUGACUUGUGAUUCUGGGAAGCACAUAAAAUGCUAAAAGCGUUUGAGGGAUUCUUGCAUUUAUCGCUAGGAGCUUCCAGCUUCGCAAGCCAUGACCUCUCCCGAUGCGACCUUAACUAGCAAGCUAAAGUUACCACUUUACACAGCUACAUUUUUUUUAUAGGAAGUUAUUUCUUGAUAGAGAAAGUUUCCAAAGGAGGUUAUUUCCUGCUAAUAGGUUAUUUCUUGCUAGCUAAAGUUGCCACAAGAGGGUAUUUCCUGCUAAGAGGUUAUUUCAUGCUUGGUAAAGUUGCCACAGGAUUAGAUAUCCAAAGCUGGAACAAGCUUCUGUAUCAGGUUAAAUAUCUGUAAUGCCUUUUUAUUUUAUUUUUUAAAAUCUUUUUUACUUAAUUAGAUAUCAGUGCAGAGUUUUGUCAAAAUAAAAGAACUGACAACUACAGUUACAUCUUCUGCCAUUUCUAUUUAAAUGUAUUAAACUAUUGUCAAUAUCUGCAUUUCUCAGUACUGUAACUGAACUUGGAAAGCAGAAGACCUCUGAUCUAUAAUCAAAGGUCUGCUUCAGUUCUAUCAAAGUUUAAGGAGUUCACUGAAUAUAGAUGUUUAACUCACUCACUCACUCACAGUUAAUUGCAGCAAGCCUUAUUUUCCAUGUUCCUAACAAUAAGCCUCAUCUUUACCAUAACCUUAGUCAUCAUAAGACCUUUAAAAUUUGCAAAACCUGUCAAUUUACUGUUCAUGCUGAUUAUAAAAUACAAUACAAUACUGAGCUCAUAAACAUAAUUAUCGAUCAAAACCACUGGCCCACUCAUAAUGAGUAGCCUUUGGCUUAGCCUCUUAGCAGCUAAUUAUCUUAGCACCAAAUGUCAACAGGCCUUCGCUACUCCCUGUCCUCAUUGCUUAGAUGGUGACAUUUAGUCUCCGGCGCAGGCCCGAGCACUCAUUAUCUCCAUGCUGCUCACACAGUCUGGACAGAAAUG